CAGACGAUUUUCAGUUGUCACAUCACAUUGUGGUCUCAAGUCUCAUAUUCUAUUGAUUAGGCUGAAUUCGAGUUUAAAUUUAAACUAGAAAACAGCAGCAGCUUGGUAGUAUUAUUUACAUUCAGUGAUUCUCAAAUAAAUAUUUCAUUCGUCCACCAAAUAAGAAGUAGAAACAACAAAGGGUACAUGGAGGCGAGCCAGACUCGAGAUUGCACAGUGUACGUCUCAAAUUUCCCAUUCUCUCUAACCAACAAUGACAUCCACCAGAUUUUCGGGCAAUAUGGCACCGUGAUUAAAGUAACCAUCGUAAAGCACCGAUUGACAAGAAAAAGCAAAGGCGUGGCUUUCAUUGUUUACAAAACUCAAGAAGAGGCAUCCAACUGCAUCCAGCAGACCAAUGAAAAGGAGAUGUUUGGUCGGAUUUUGAAAUCCUCAAUUGCCAAAGACAACGGUCGGACGGAAGAGUUUGCAACUCAGAAAAAAACCUACGAGGACAAAUCGCGGUGUUUCGAAUGUGGCCAGGAAGGACAUCUGAGUUAUCAGUGCCCUAGUAACGCAUUGGGAAGUCGCGAACCGCCAAAGAGAGGGUCAAGAAAACACGAAAAAGAAGGGAGCGAAUUAGGAGAUCAAGACGAUUCUCUCGGUGCUGCCAUUCGCUACGAACAGCAAAAACGAUCGAUGCAAGAGCAAUCAACGUCGUUAUCCGCAACAAACGUCCGAAAGAAGAAAUUCAAACCAAGCUCCUAUUUCAGUGACGAAGAAGAGAUAAGCGACUGAAGCAGCGGUAGGCUAUAAGGUAAAUUACCUUAUUAAGGCCAGUACACUCUACCGAUCCCUCGAAAGCAUACAAUCUUGUACUUAUUUGCGUUCCGUUGCACGCAAUUAUUUCCGUAAAAAACGUGGAAAUCAGUCAAAUGUAAAAAUGUGAUGAACUGUGAAUAAAUAUUUUAAAAAUAGUUAGCUGGAAAUUCCAGCUUAACUGAUUCAAACUGCCGAUCGGCACGUACGAUACGGCACGAACGAUAAUGUGGAAAUUAAGACUAUUUUCUUUUAUCACGUUUGCGUUAACUUGAUUGCUUAUUUCAUUACAAUUGCUUACUUCUAGACAAACGCUUCAUUUAUGGUGACUUAAUACAUUUUUUGAUGUUA